UACCAAGCCUGUUGAAAUUGUAAUUAGUAUGUCAAAGUCUUCGCAAACAACAAAUAUAGUAGCCUUCAUCUCAUUAAUGAGAAAUUGAAAGAAGAAAAAGAAACAAAAAAAAAAAAAAAACACCAGGCAGUAUGUGACCUUCCAUGAAAUCUCUGAAAAUCUAGUGUGAAGCUGCAAGUAUAAAAUGGAGUUUAACCCAUAAUUUUGCAAAUCACACCGCCAACCAAAAAUGGGGAGAAAAGAAAAUUUAUCUUUGGAGAAGUCACUCUCCCUCCUCGUCCUCAUUGUUUUGCUGAAUAGCAGGGUUAAUGUUGUUUCCGACUCUGUUGAUGAAACCAAUGCUCUUCUCAAAUGGAAAGUCAGCCUUCCUACCCAAACACAGUCUAAGCUAGCAUCAUGGUCUCUCCUUCCUAAUAAUGCCACCGUCUCCCAACCAUGCACUUGGCUUGGAAUUUCUUGUGCAGAUGGAAGUGUCAACAGAGUCAAUCUUUCAAUUUCAGGUAUUGAAGGCACACUAGAUCAAUUUUCAUUCACAUCCUUCCCUAAUCUUGCAUACGUUGAUCUAAGCAUCAAUGGCCUCAAUGGUUCCAUUCCACCUCAAAUCAGUCAGCUUACAAAACUCAUAUAUCUUGACUUGUCGACUAAUCAAUUUUCUGGGAAUAUCCCACCUCAGAUAGGCUUGUUAACUCAUCUUGAGGUCUUGCAUCUAGUUGAAAAUCAGUUGAAUGGUUCCAUUCCGGAAGAGAUGGGCAAUUUAAAGUCCCUUAACGAGCUUGCCCUGUAUAGUAACCAUCUAGAUGGACCAAUUCCAACUUCUUUGGGAAAUUUAAGCAAUCUAGUUAGCUUGUAUCUCUAUAACAACUCAAUAUCAGGUUCUAUUCCUCCACAAAUAGGGAACCUCUCCAAUUUGGUUGUGCUCUUCAUGGAUACCAAUCACCUAACAGGUACUAUCCCUUCAACUUUGGGAAACUUGAAGAACCUAAUUGUGUUGUAUGUGUUUCACAACCAACUUUCUGGAUUCAUUCCCCCAGAGAUAGGAAAUUUGAUCUCCCUUCAAGAGCUAAGUUUCCAUUCAAACAAUCUUUCUGGUCUAAUUCCAACUUCUCUAGGUGGUCCUACAAAUCUCACCCUUCUUCAUCUUUAUAAUAAUAACCUAUUUGGGCCUAUUCCUGAGGAGAUAGGAAAUCUAAAAUCACUGUAUGAUCUAGAGUUGAGCCAAAAUCAACUCAAUGGUUCUGUUCCAGCUUCACUUGGCAAUUUGAACGACUUGGAAUUUCUUUUUCUCCGUGACAACAAACUUUCUGGAUCCAUUCCCCAAGAAAUAGCAAGUCUCAGAAAGCUGACAGUGCUGCAACUGGAUACUAACCAGUUCACUGGUUACCUGCCUGCAAAGAUUUGUCAAAGUGGAAUGCUACAAAACUUCACUGCAGACGACAACAAUUUCACAGGUCCUAUUCCCAAAAGCUUGAGAAACUGCACAAGUUUGGUCCGAUUGCGCUUGGGAAGAAAUCUUCUUGUCGGAAAUAUAUCAGAGGACUUUGGAGUCUACCCAAAACUAGAUUAUAUUGAUCUGAGUGGAAAUAAGCUCCAUGGUGAGAUUUCAUCCAAUUGGGGAAGAUGUCCACAAUUACAAACCCUAAUAAUAUCUGGGAACAAUAUUACUGGGAGAAUACCAUCUAGUAUUGGAAACUUCAGUCGGCUACAUGUACUUGAUUUCUCUUCCAAUGGUAUAGUUGGCGAGAUUCCAAAGGAAAUAGGAAGGUUGACUUCUUUGCUGAGAGUGAAUUUGAAUGGAAAUCUACUCUUUGGUGGCAUACCUCAAGAAUUUGGAUCCUUGUCUAAUCUUGAGCAUCUGGACCUGUCAGCAAAUAGAUUGAGCAAUUCAAUCCCAAACAAUUUUCAGGAGCUCGUGAAACUAAACUACUUAAAUUUGAGUAAUAAUAAGUUUGACCAGGAAAUUCCAAUGCAAUUAGUGAAGUUAGUUCACCUUUCCCAACUAGACCUAAGUAAUAACUUUCUUGUUGGUCACAUACCGUCGAGCGUAGACUCUUUGGAAAGCUUGGAGAAUAUGAAUCUCUCCCACAACAAUCUCUCAGGCAGCAUUCCAGACAGCUUCAAGAAUAUGCCUGGCUUGCUGUACAUUGACAUAUCGUACAAUGAGUUGGAAGGUCCUAUACCGGAGAGCAAAACCUUUCAAGAUGCUGGCUUUGAAGCAUUGCAGGGGAACAAAGGUUUGUGUGGUGAUGUCCAAGGACUGCAACCAUGCAAACCUUCUGUGCAGCAAAAAGACAAUACAAAGAAGAGCCACAAAAUCCUGUUUUUAGCCAUUUCCCUCCCUCUUGCAGGACUACUUUUACUUCUAUUUGCUCUCUGCGUGAUUUUCUUCACCAAAAGAAAAGGAAAGGAAGAUCUCCAAGCUGAAGAAAUCAUCCUGCCUGAUAAAAGUUUCUUUUCCACAUCAACUUAUGAUGAAAAGAUUAUGUAUGAAGAAAUCAUCACAGCAACCAAGGAUUUUGAUGCCUCAUAUUGCAUUGGAAAGGGUGAAUUUGGAAGUGUCUACAAAGCGAAGUUGCCAUCAACGGGCGUUGUAGCCGUAAAGAAACUACAUUCUUUGUCUGAUAGCCAAUAUAUAUCCCAAAAGGAGUUCCUGAACGAGAUACAAGCGUUACUGGAGAUAAGACAUCAAAACAUUAUGAAGCUUCAUGGGUUCUGCUCAAGUGUUCGAUACUCAUUUUUGGUCUAUGAGUACCUUGAAAGGGGCGACUUGGCCUCAAUCCUGAGUAAAGAAGCAACAGCCAAAGAAUUAGAUUGGAAUACGAGAGUGGACAUUGUUAAAUGUGUUGCCCACGCCCUCUCUUACAUGCACCACGAUUGCUUUCCUCCAAUUGUCCAUCGAGACAUUUCAAGCAGCAAUAUUUUGUUGGAUUCCAACUAUGUGGCUCAUAUAUCAAACUUUGGCAUCGCAAAGCUUCUUAAACCAGACUCAUCCAAUUGGACUGCAUUAGCUGGCACAUGUGGAUAUGUCGCUCCUGAGCUUGCUUACACGAUGAAGGUAACCGAGAAAUGUGAUGUGUAUAGCUUUGGUGUAAUAGCAUUGGAAGUGAUCAAAGGAGAGCAUCCUGGGGACAUCAUCCCCUCUCUACCAUCUCCCUGGGCUACGGAUAACACAUUAUCAGAAGAAGUUCUUGACCAACGCCUUGCACCUCCUUCACCUGAUGUCGUGGAUGAAGUUAUCAUGGUCGUGAAAAUAGCAACUCAAUGCUUGAAUGCUAAUGCACAAUCUAGGCCGACAAUGCAUAUGAUUUCCCAGCUAUUUUCAUCCCAAUCAGCAUUUUAGAUUCACAUCGCACUCCUAUACUCGGUAUAACUAGGUAAAAUAAAUGAGUAUUCAGUUCAUCACAAUGCAUCAGGUACGGAUAUUUCUAUGUUAUUAUAGUGACUUAUUAGUUUACACAAUAUUUACCUUAAU